ACGACUCUACGAGAGUGAAGCUUUCCUUCCUGGAGGACGACCCCUGCUCCGACUACAUCAACGCCAGCUACAUCCCUGGUAAUAACUUCCGCAGGGAGUACGUGGCGACGCAGGGUCCGCUGCCCGGCACCAAAGACGAUUUCUGGCGGAUGGUGUGGGAGCACGGCGUUCACAACAUCGUCAUGGUUACGCAGUGUGUGGAGAAGGGACGGGUGAAGUGUGAUCAGUACUGGCCCCCCGACAGAGACCCUCUGUACUACGGAGAGCUGGUGGUUCAGAUGUUGUCGGAGUCCGUGCUGCCGGAGUGGACCAUCAGAGAGUUCAGGAUCACAUCGGAGAGCAGCUGCAGUUACCCCCGGGUGCUUCGGCACUUCCACUACACGGUGUGGCCGGAUCACGGCGUGCCCGAGAGCUCGCAGUCUCUGAUCCAGUUCGUCAGGACGACCCGGGACUACGUGGACCGCAGCCCGAGCACCGGAGCCACCGUGGUGCACUGCAGUGCUGGUGUGGGUCGUACGGGGACGUUCAUCGCUCUGGACCGGGUUCUGCAGCAGCUCGACUCUAAAGGAAACAUCGAUCUGUACGGCGGCGUGUUCGACCUCCGACUGCACCGCCAGCACAUGGUGCAGACAGAGUGUCAGUAUGCCUUCCUGCACCAGUGUGUGCGGGACGUCCUGAGAGCGAGGAAGCACCGCAGCGAGCAGGAGAACCCGCUGUACCCCAUCUACGAGAACUUCAACCCCGAGUACUGCCGCGACUUCAUCUACACCGGACGCUGAGCACACAUCUGAUCCACAGAGAAGCAUCGAUUAGUCAAAAGGAUCGCACAUUUCUGGGAUACAUUUGAAAUGUGUCAUGCAAAAUGUCUUUAAAAGCUGUUUUCGGGGACUCAAAUAUAGGAUUUGUUGCUUUUCUCUGUUUAAUAUCAUAUUAAAGUGAACAUUUUAGGGUAUUUUUCACUAUUUUUUGAUAUUUUAAAGACAAAAUCAACCUUAAAAACGACCAAUUAUCCCUUAUUUCAUUUAUGGAUUAAAAAACAAAUAGAUGUUCCUGGUGGAUCACAGCUGUGACAUGUAAGUAAGGACUCGUGUAGAAGUGUUACCCUUUCAUUCAAAAUGAAUAGCAGUAAACAAACCACAGCUUUACAUUGUUUGCUGAAGAGCUCAUUAAUUGGCACAGAUAAUUAAAAAAGUGACAGUUAUGAAUUAACAUCUCAGGUCGUUGGAUAUUAAAGAUACAUCUGAUUAUUAAUGAAUAUAACGGACGGAUCACAGGGAAGGAGCCGUGAAUAUAAAUAAAUAUAACUAUGUUAAUGUUCUCACACACUGCUGCAUAUAAGCUGUUUAUUUAAAACGUUACACAUAUUGCUGUAUGUAAAUAUUGGUGUAAUACUCAUUUUUUAUAUAUGAUUAUUAUAAACUGUAUGUAAUAUGCUGUCAUAUGCUGUGUGAAAGGAAAGAUAGAACCUGCUGUAUUCAGACUUUACAGUAACAUUUUGUAUAAAGGUAUAAAAGAAAAGUCUGGAUAAAGAAUCUGCAGUAAUUCCCAUUUCUUACUUAAAGUGGACCUAUCAUGCUAUAUUUGAAUAAUAUAGUGUAGGGCCAUACCUAUAUAAGGCAUAUUUAUACUUUUUUUUUUCCAAAAUACCAAACAGAUCAUGCAUUUUAGCCAUGCCUCAUUUUGCUCAAUUUGACCAUU